GGCUGCGCGGGGGGCUGUUAUUAAUGUGACACACGGGGUGAAAGCUGAAGGGGAACAUGGCCGCUGGUUUCAGGGCUAAACGUGGCUUAUUAAGCAGUAAAAACUCGCUGUAUCGCGCUCUGCACAGACAGACGUCACCCAGCAGUGUCGUCAUACAGAGAGCAGCGGCCAGCGUGACGUCAGAGUCCCAGGUGUACUGCAUGGAGCUGGUCAGGUCCAGAGACUAUGACGGCUACGUGUCCUCCCUCCUCCUCCCAGAGGAGGCGCGGCGCUCCUCUUUGGCUCUGAGAGCCUUUAAUGUGGAGCUGGCACAGGUGAAGGACUCUGUUUCCCAGAAGACCAUUGGUUUGAUGCGAAUGCAGUUCUGGAAGGCGGCCAUAGAAGAAAUCUACAGAGACGAGCCUCCGAACCAGCCGGUCAGCGCCGAGCUGUGGAGGGCGCUGAGGAAACAUCACCUGACAAAGCGUUGGCUGCUGAGGAUCAUAACAGAGAGAGAGAAGGAUCUGGAGGACAGAGCGUACAGAAACCUGCAGGAGCUGGAGUCGUACUCUGAGAACACACAGUCCUCUUUAAUUUACCUGCUGCUGGAGUGUUUAGGUUUGAAAAACGUCCACGCCGACCACGCAGCGAGUCACAUCGGUAAAGCUCAGGGCAUCGUGACGUGUCUGAGGGCGACGCCUUAUCACAGCAGCCGGAGGAAGGUCUACCUCCCCAUGGACGUCUGCAUGCUGCACGGAGCUUCUCAAGAGGAUUUCAUCCGAGGCAGCCGGGAGCAGAACGUCCGGGACGUCGUGUACGACAUCGCCAGUCAGGCUCACGUACAUCUACAACACGCGCGAUCAUUUAGCAACAACGUCCCACCAGCUGCCAAUCUGGCCUUCCUCCAGACGGUGGUGUUGGAGGACUACCUGCAGAGAGUGAGGAGGGCAGAUUUUGACAUUUUCCACCCGAGUCUGAAGAACAGAAACCCCCUCAUCCCGUUCCAGCUGUACCUCCGCUCCUGGAAGAAGACCUACUGACGUCCUCCUCCUUCCUCCUCCUCCUCCUCCUCUUCCUCCUCCUCCUGCAGUCAUCUCUGCUGAAGGCUGCAGGAGUGAAGCCUCUUUGGGGGAUUCUGCCUGGAAGCCUUCAGGAGGUCCACAGAGAAAUCAGAGACUUGUUUAGAAGCACAGUGAAGUCUGACUCCUUUAAUAUAAAACACAAAACCACCUCUCUGGUCCUUAAAGAGUUCUCUGGAGACCAGAGUUUCCACCUGAAUAUUAUAUCUGAUUCCUGAGUGUACGAGUGUUAUUUAACCAGAUGUAUUAUGCAAGAUUAAAGGAUCAUUUUGGUUUAUUUCUGUAGUUUUAAACUUCAUUUCUAUUAGUUUUAAUACAAUUAAUUACUCAAAACGGUUUCAAACGAAUCAACAGGUCAGAAAAAGAAGGUGAUGAUAAUCGUUAUUUUCAACGUGUGAACUUUCACAGUGAAGGUUGAGCACUGCCUUCACAAUAACACACUUUUAUUAUGAAAUCAGAUACAGGAGGUGUUUUUUGUAUCACCUGUAGUUUUCUGGUGCUGCUGUGAUAAUAAGCUGUUUAAUACUGGUGAUUGGAGCAUGUCAAACAACUAGCAAGCUCCAUUUUUUAACAUUUCAUGUUUAGAUAAUCUGGAUAAAUCCUCUGACUUCUCUUUGUGGAAAACCAAAAAUAAAAA